GCUCAAGCUAUAAUCUAUUAAAGUAGUAUAUAUAUUUUCUCUUAAGAAUUACUCUUUUUUCCCCUCCUCUCUCACAAAUGGCGUCGGUGCAAUAUGCUUUUGACCAUCAAGGCGGCAUGGAGAUUAACAACGAUGAGCUUCUCAUGUCGUUCUUGGAAGAAGAAUCUCCCGUGGAAAAUCAUAGUAGCAUCAACAAAGAGGAAGAAGAGAAAUUAAAUAGUGUGAUUAGAUCGUUAGAAGUUGAGAUCAACAUGAGUUCUCCGACCAUAGAAGCUAGGAAAAUUGAUCUGCAACAGACGCCGACGAUAUGCGGUCUUGAAGAUGAUUUCAGGUGGCUUAACGACUUUGAUAUUGGUAUGAUUUCGUCGCAAAAUGAUGAUGAGAUGAUGAACUGGUGUACGGAGCUUUCUUACAUGGAUGGUGUGGUAGAUAGUACUGUUCUUGAGACUGAAGGUGGUGAUUAUUACUCUCAUAUUAACUAUGGACUUACAUUUGAGGAACCAACUCUUUCUCUAUGGCAAGAGGAUAAUGAUGUUGUUAUGUAUUGAUUGAUUUCGUGAAGCCAUAAUAUAGCAAAAGCUGUUUAAUAAUCUGAACAUAAAAAAAGAAACAAAAGUGUUUCAAAUAAUCUUUUAACAAAAGAGAAGAAGGAUGUUUCAACCAGUUAUUUAACCUUUUAAAUUCAUGUAUGUAUUAGUAAACGCUACGUUAAUGUUACAUGCUUUUUAUUAUGGAUUUUUGAGAAAUUAAUA